CUCAGAUCUGCUUCUCCUCCAGAACUCAUUCAAACACAGAUUGGAAGUCGCCUCCUCAUCAUGUCCGACAGCAGCAGAAACCUGGACGAUCUGAGUAGCUUCCUCAAGAGCUGCGAAGGAGCCGAUUCAAAGCAAAGGAUAAAGUUUUACAACAGCUGGGCAGAGACCUACGAGCAGGAUCACAUCGCCAUGGGCUACAGGGUACCACACCAGGCAGUAGCCUUCCUGUUGGAGAACUUCUCCGGGCGUCCUGAGGAAGUCCAGGUUCUUGACGUGGCCUGUGGAACUGGAUUGGUCGCUAACCUGAUGGUUGAACUGGGCUUCAAGCACUUUGUGGGCGUGGACGGCAGUCAAGGCAUGUUGGAUCAAGCCGCUAAGACCGGCCUCUAUAAAGAGCUCAAACUGGCCUUACUGGGAACAGAGCCACUUCCUGCACAGACUGGUUUCUUUGACGUGGUGAUGAUCAUCGGCGCCUUACGAGAUGGUUUUGUGCCGUUCGGCGUCAUCAGGGAGCUGUGCCUCGCCGCCAAGCCAGGCGGAUACGUUUGCAUGUCGAGAAACGGCCGGGAGUCGGAGUCUGGAAACCAAUACAAGGUUUCUCUGGAGAAGGAGCUGCUCCUGAUGGAGGAGGAGGGACUAUGGAGUCAUGUGAUCACCAAAGAGAUUGACAGAUACAUGAUCGAUGUGUACGAUGACAGUGACCAUGUGCAGAGUGAGAGAUACAUCCAUGGGACCAUGUACCUCUACAGGAAGGCCCUUCAGUAGUCCUUCUGGGCCUCGCUGCACCUGUCCAACACCUUCAGUAGUUCAAAGGUGAUCAAUGGAUGGAA